AUGGCUGCUGAGAUCAAUGAAUCUACACCCGUUGAAGCUCCCGCCAACUCCGAACCUGAAGCCGUUCCCAAGAUCAGCGACGACUUGCACAAUGGCGGCUCAAAUCCGCCUUCUGUGAACGGCACGGCCACCUCCGGCUCCCCAGACGAACUAUCCAACAAACACAUCGCCGAUAUUGUUGACGACCUGGUAAACUCUGCGGAGCCGAGCAUUAGUGGGGGUUCGGACACGGAGACUUCGAGGCUCGACGCGGCCAAAAACAAAGAUGGAGACAAGGGACACGUGCGGACGUCGUCCACGGCGAGAAAGCCCACCACAUUCAAAUCAGUCUCGGUCAACAAGACCUUCCUUGCGGCCAAGGCUGCCGGUACGGCCGGCGUGGCCAAGCCCGGUGACAAGGCCUCGCCGACUCUCGGUGUCGCUUCCCUCACCUCGGCUUCAUCCGCCUCGCCUCGCCCGAGACUGGUGGCCAAGACUGGCCUCGUCAAAGGUCCUGGUGCAAACGGACGACCUGCUGCGGCGCCAGAUCCGAACGCUGUCUGGAACAAAAACAGACCCGUUGUCCCCCCGGACCCACGCAAACUCACGGACGAAGAAUUGAAGAAAUAUGGAAUUCACAUUUCAACACGUCUUCAGCAGAACGACGACGCCAAGGGCCAGGCGAACUGGGCAGAUAUCGACGACGACGAUGAAGACUGGGCUCCCGAGGAGAUCACGUGGACGGACGGCACGAAGUCCACUAUUCCGCAUCACGAUGAAAUCCAGCCGUCUCCACAACCUCACAGCGUUCAACCGGAUAUGUCCCACGCGCAGUCGCAGUACUAUUUACAGGCUCACUCGCAGUCACCACAGGCACAGCAGCACUCCUUGGCAUCUGCUACCCAACCGUCGCCGACUGCCAUUCCGUCCUCUCUAUCGAGAGAAGUCGACGCCAAUGACAAGCCAAAGUCGCCCGCCCCGACAGGCGUGCGAUCUGGCGGACUGCCGUCCGGCAGAGGUUUGAUUUUGAAAGGUGCACCUGAGAAGCCAACACUGGUCGCAAAGCCUCCAGCGCCUCCGACCCCGGUCAAGUCGCCGUGGGCUUCUUUGCCACCGGUUAACAAGGCGUCCCCUAUUACAAUGGACCUGCCCCCUUCCAUUGGAAACUCACGCCUGCCUUACCAGCAGUCGCAGUUCCACCAAUAUCCUCCGCGAGACAUGUACGGCGGUCCCCCGAGAGGCCCGACACCUCCUCCACCGUUUAAGGAAAUAGCCGCCGACGACUUCAGCCGUGGUGGCUUUAGGGAUAGUCACCCCUAUGCAAACCGAGAGCUGUACAACUCGCAGUCUGGCCGGAUGGAGCCUGUGCAAGAUCGCCGCGGCAGCAUGAGAAGCGAUUUGCAUCACAGGCAGCCACCGUCAGCACUAUUGCAGCGACAGUCCCAUGGGUCGGACCAGCAGCCUGAGCCUUCUGCCGCAUUCCAGACUCAUCGGUCGGCCCACGAUGGAGGCCCUUAUGGAAGACGCCGGAAUUCAUCCAAUGUCAGCGGUGGCAGUGGCAGCUUUAUGCAGCGUCUUGGAAGACCGCAUGACCAGAAUGUUCCUCCCGAACUCCUCCAUGCCCAACAGCCAUCUCUCGCAGAUAGAAGCGAUAGUCCCACUUCUCCGAGAAACUUCUCUCCGUCCGGCACACGGUCGUGGCAAGCACACGGCUCUCCAGCCGCAACACAUGCAUCCACGCACUCGAACCCCCAGUCCAACGCCCCGCCAGGCUCCACGCAGCCGCAUACACAGGGGGCGCCACAGGCUGCAACCGCCAACAUAGAGGACGAACUCGAGAUCCAAAAGAAGAUUAUGAGAGAGCGCCGCGAACUUGCCAAGAAGAGACGCCUUGAAGAGGAAGAGCGUGAGGAGGCCGCGAAGCGUGAGCGCAUCCGGCUCAAGCUAGAAGCAAUGGGCCCUGCACCGGAGCGAAAGAGCGCCAAGAAGGAACCAUCCAAGGAUGAAGCGGCCCCAGCAACAGCAGCCGCCGCGCCGGUGACUCCUAUCCAGGCCAACGCAAACUUAAGCACACCAGGCGGAGAGGCUACGACGGACGCUGGAGCUUCGGAUAGCAAUCACCCCAUGCACGCCACGGAGCCCCAUAGCGGUGCGCCGGCGACUGCUGAGAACACCCAUGACCAAUCGCAGCAACAACCACAGACCUGGCAGAGCCCAGUUCCGCCACAGACCGAGCGCAUGGCCUCUUGGGGCAGCACGAACCAGUCUACCCGGAAUGUAUGGGGCUCGCCAAACAACCGAAGCCUCGGAAACGGUACAUUCACGUCUGACCUCGGACCUAUUGGGCCACCGUCUGUCCAAAAAAAUGCCGCGGCUCCUCCUAUGGCACCAAUUGGCCCCCCGAAGUCCACUGUGGCGCUCCCUCCUCCACCCCCACCGGCUGACGUCCAGAGAACGGCAGCCCGCUCCGCAGUGGUGCAGCAAUCUGCCGGCGGCAACUCGGCUGAAGUGGCACGUAGCGCCUGGGCUAACGCUGUCAAGGCCAGCGACGAAACCCAAUUUGCGCAGCAAAAGGCUCAACGUGCCGAACAACAGCGCGAGGCUGAAGCUCGUGGUCUGGGUCUGAAAGAUCUGCGCCCGGCCAUCAAGGAUACCUGGUUGCCGACCCGCAUGAACGAGGAUGGCAACCGGGUUGAGGACAAGGCCAACCAGUCAGUGGUGCACCGCCCCGGUACUACGGUGGGUGGGAGCAGCAGCCCGGGCUCGACCAUUCACUCCCAAUCCAGACCGUCACGGUUCUUCCCUACCCGUGACACUCGUCUGGAGGAUGCCGUUGCCGCCGCACAGGGAACAGCCCCUGGUGGGGCGUCGGCUAUAAACAGUAGUAGUCAAGGACGCCCCGGCUCACCAUCGCCGCCGCCUCCCGAUAUGGACGGCCAUCCGGCAUUUGACGGUGAUGCAGCACACCCGCACGUUUCUCUUCCGCGGCCGCAAAUUGUUGUACGGCUCCCCCCCAAGGACUCGACAGCUGCCGCCGAACACGCCCCUGCUUCUGGGUCACAUGCAAAGCACACACAGCUACGUAGCGCCGCCUCGCAUGCGAACGAGUCCCAGUCGACACCUUCAGACGGCGCCUCAUGGCAAGCCAAGUUUAACAACCUGUUUGACCGGAAGCCCGCUGUCUCCCCGUCCAAGCCAACUUCGGGCGCUGGGCGGCACGACAUGCAAAACCGCACCAGUUCUGAAAACACGGCACCCACGCCUACGAAAGCACCUGUUCCUCCGAGAAGCGUGAAAGCAACUCCCAAGGAGCCUUUUACGACGCGCCUCAUGGCAGAGGACUGCUUUGAACGACAGGAGAUGGGUUCCCGAACUGGCAUGGACCCCGCCCCCAUUCCUAAGCCUCUUGCCAGACGCUUCUUGCUAUCGACCGCCACCAGCGGCGACCAUGAGGGCUUCUUGAAGGACUACUUCGGUGUACCUCAUUCCGUCAGCAUCCAAUUUCCAGGUAUGGCAGGCAAUGGCAAGUCCGUCAACCUGCCGACUCCACGCACGAACAGCAACCCGCGCCGGACGACAUAUGGACGCAGUGGUAGCGGCCGCCACGGAUCAUCUCACAGGGGCGGGAACAAGAAUCGCGAUGCGUCCAGCACGCACUCUGGCAACGACAAGACCACCCCGCCCAGCACCAGACAAGGGUCGUCCGGUGGCCGAUCUCGCGGUGGUGGAAUGCGGCACCGUUCUGAGAAUUGGACCCGAGGCACAUCUGCACCUGUCCAGACUUAA